AUGGUUUCUACUAUGAAAAUAUUUGAUAUUACUAUACCACAAAAAAGCGGUCUUUCUUGUGCGAUUUGCAAAAUCAUCAACUCCGAAAACAUUCUGAUUUAUUCUAAAUUUUGUGCGAGGAUGCUCAAGUGCCGACAAUUUCUUCAAGAAACUCCUCAAGCAAUGGCUGCUCCAAUAACUACUCGAAAAAUACUCGAAUCUGGUGGUUCUAUCUACAUUAUUGUUAUGAAAGAGCUUUUCGAAAGCUACGCUUUCCAAAAUCAUUGCGACACACUGAAUAUACAAGUGAUAGAGCUGUUAGAGCCCAUUCCAACUUAUGUUUACAAGGCGUGCCUACUUUAUACCAUGGAAUAUAAAAUGGCACCACAGUGGAAUAAAGUCGGGCCAUACCUUGUUGAAGGACAAGAUUUUCUUAACUCGACAGGAAAUGUCAAUGCAGUAAUGUUGAAUAUUAAAGAAAUUCACGAUAACAGCGCUCAGCUUCUUAUAAAAUCAGUAAAUCUAAAAAUACCAUUUGUAAGACUGACUAAGGCAUGCUCGUCUUUACAAUGUGAUUUACAGCCACCAGUACGUGUAUUACCAAGUAUGAAAAUGGCAAAUGUGAUUCGCAUAUCAAAAACAAUCAAGUGUCUGUUUAAGGAUUAUGAGGACUUGCGUGCAUAUUGGAGAAAUAUGCACGGCUAUAUGUUACCAGAUUACAAAGAUGGAUGCUUAUUUUAUGAUAUCGAAUUCUUCUACUUUAAGUCAAAUGUUUUUCUAUAUCCUGAAAUGUGUUUAACCUCAGGACCUUUAGAAAUCCUUCCAUUUGUGAUGGAUCCAUUGUCAGGAAUUUACAAAUUUAUAGGGGAUCUAAGAGAGAAAGUGGCUAAAUUAUGCGAACAACAAUUAGAUAUAUGUUUGAAAACUACGUUUCAUACAGCGGAUCUAGCUUAUACUCCAAUAUUACCAAGAGUUAGACUUCCAGCCUACGAUACAGGAUAUGGCACACAAUCGAGAAAAAUUAGUACUGUAACACCCUUACUUCGAAUGCCCGAUACCUGUGAUAUUCCUACAAAACGGUCGCGAUUAUCAUUAUCGAGAACUGAUUCACUUACGUGCGCGACCGAAAUUGAUAAUUUUGAUAUAAAGUCACGUUUCACAAGCAAAUUUAACUGGCUAAAAACUGCUGGCAGCAUUUCGACGUUAUUAUGUGACGUAAAUAAUGAUAUAGUCGACAAAUCAAUUGUACAAAAAGAUGAAAGUAAAUCGUAUUAUUUUAGAACUGAGGAACAAGAAUCUGAGAAUAAAUCUUUCAUGGAGCUGACAGACAAAGAAGAAAAGCCCGAUAAACUAAGUUUAAAAGAAAAAUUGUCAAGGAAUUUUUAA